AUGGAUGUACCAGAGGGGAAUGGAAACCCUUUGGGCAAUGGACUCGGUCGAGCUAGGCAAACUCGACCGAUUGGUCAAGGAGAUGCUCCAAACCGCCACCAACAGAGACAAGGGAUUGUUCCACCACCAGUGCAGAACCACAACUUUGAGAUCAAGCUGGGAAUGAUCAACCUUGUCCAGAACAAGAUGUUCCAUGGAUUGCCAAGUGAAGACCCCAUUGACCACCUUGAUGAGUUUGAUAGGCUUUGUGAUUUGACAAAGAUCAAUGGUGUCUCUGAAGAUGCCAUCAAGCUGAGACUCUUUCCUAUGUCUCUAGCUGACAAAGCUCACCAAUGGGAGAAGAGCUUGCCCCAUGGCACAAUCACCACUUGGGAUGAAUGCAAGAAGGCCUUUCUUGCUAAGUUUUUCUCCACCGGUCGCACAGCCAAGCUUAGAGGAGAGAUAUCCAGCUUCAUCCAGCGAAACAAUGAGACAUUCGCAGAGGCUUGGGAGAGGUUCAAAGGCUACACAAGUCAGUGCCCACACCAUGGAUUCAACAAUGAAUCACUACUCUCCACUCUUUAUAGAGGAUGCUUGCCUAGGUAUAGGGAGAUGCUAGACACAGCUAGCAAUGGGAACUUCCUCAACCAGGAUGUAGAUGAUGGCUGGCAACUUGUGGAGAACAUGGCCAUAUCAACAGAAUGCUAUGGAGAGCAGUAUGAAAGUACAGAUGGAGCUCGACCGCGCACUCGAUCGAGCUGGAGCUCAGAUGAGAAAAGACAUGCUUGCACUCAACUCGAAGUUGGACAAACUGAUCCUAGCCCAAUUCCCUGCCAAGCAUGUCAACUAUGUCUCAGAACAAACCUUAGUCAAGGACCAGGAAGGGGAGGAGACAACACAAGAAUGGAGCAAUUCCCGAGUAGAGGUAGCCCACCCCAAAUCGCUGUGGACAUCGAUGACGAGGAAGGGGAGGAUUUAGUCGACUAUGCUGAUAACUCGACCCGAACUCGAUCGAGCUGGAACAAAACCCUGAACCAGAACUCGAUCGAGCUGAAGAAACUGAGACACUGCAAGACAAACCAGAGCUCGAUCGAGCCAGAAGAGACAGACAAAGCAAACUCCAGCCAACCAGCUAAACCUGUUGCAAAGAAGAAAGACACUCCAGCAGGACCACCACCAUACAAGCCCCCUCUGCCCUUUCCAGGAAGGUUCAAGAAACAACUGUUGGAAGCACACAAGGCCAAGUUUGAUGAACUAAUGAGACAGCUUGAGCUGAAGUUGCCCUUCAUCGACGCCUUGAUGCUCAUUCCACCUUAUCAGAAAUUUCUGAAGGAUGCUGUUCAGCAAAGAACCAGGGAAGCACAAGGGAUGGUAGUGUUGACUCGCGAGUGCAGUGCAAUCAUUCAGCGGAAGGUCAUCUCCGACAAAAAGGAAGAUCCGGGGAGUUUCACUUUGCCCUGCAUGUUGGGACCCCUAUCUUUCAAAAACAGCCUCUGCGAUCUAGGAUCAUCUGUCAGCCUCAUGCCUUUGUCUGUAGCAAAGAGACUGGGAUAUCACAAGUACCAAGCCUGCGGAAUCUCACUAGUCUUGGCAGAUAGAUCGAUAAGGUUACCAACUGGGAUGCUUGAAGACCUGCCUUUGAGGAUAGGGAAUGUGGAAAUCCCCACAGACUUCAUUGUGCUUGAGAUGGAUGAGGAACCAACAGAUCCAUUGAUUCUAGGAAGGCCAUUCCUAGCUACAGCAAGAGCAAUGAUAGAUGUCUGUGAAGGAACAAUUGAGUUAAACUUGGGAAAGGACCUGAAGAUGAAGUUUGAUAUCAAGGAUACAAUGAGGAAACCAACUAUAGAAGGUCAGCUCUUUUAUGUUGAGGAAAUGGAUCAGUUGGCAGAUGAGCUUCUAGAAGAGUUAUCAACAGAGGAUCCCUACAAUUUGCGAAGUCAUGGCAGUGAGCUCGAUCAAGAACUCGAUCGAGUCGAGUUUCGAACAAACGAACUCGAUCGAGCUGGGGCUGAAUGCAAGGAGCAAGCUCAAGGAGAUUGGUCUGAGCUCAAGGCGCCUAAAGUCGACCUCAAACCUUUGCCUGAGGGCCUCAGGUAUGCAUUUCUGGGUGAAAACUCAACUUACCCUGUCAUUGUGAACUCUGAUUUGGAACCUGAACAGUUGAGUGCUUUGCUUGUUGAAUUGAGAAAGUACAGAAAGGCAAUAGGUUACACUCUAGAUGAUAUCAAGGGGAUCUCCCCUGACCUAUGCAUCCAUAGGAUUCAUCUAGAGGAUGAAAUUCAUUGCGUCCCAAAGAAAGGGGGGAUCACUGUCAUUAAAAACGACAAAGAGGAGCUGAUUCCCACUAGAACAAUAGUGGGGCAUCGCAUGUGUAUUGACUAUAGGAAGCUAAAUUCAGCAUCUAGAAAGGAUCAUUUCCCUCUCCCUUUCAUUGAUCAGAUGUUAGAAAGAUUGGCAAACCACCCUUUUUAUUGUUUUCUUGAUGGCUACAGUGGUUUCUUCCAAAUCCCGAUCCACCCUAAUGAUCAGGAGAAGACCACUUUCACAUGCCCUUAUGGCACCUUUGCUUAUCGAAGGAUGCCAUUUGGGCUGUGCAAUGCUCCAGCUACUUUCCAGAGGUGCAUGACCUCCAUUUUUUCAGAUCUGAUAGAGGAGAUGGUAGAAGUCUUCAUGGACGAUUUCUCAGUCUAUGGAGCAUCCUUCUCCUCAUGUUUGUCUAACUUGUGCAGGGUGUUGCAGAGGUGUGAGGAGACCAAUCUAGUACUCAACUGGGAGAAGUGCCACUUCAUGGUUCGAGAAGGGAUUGUGCUUGGACACAAGAUUUCCGAGAAAGGGAUCGAGCUCGAUCGAGCUAAGGUGGAUGUCAUGUUGCAGCUCCCUGUUCCCAAGACUGUGAAGGACAUAAGGAGUUUUCUGGGUCAUGCAGGGUUCUACAGAAGAUUCAUCAAGGAUUUCUCAAAGAUAGCAAGACCCUUGACAAGGCUUCUGUGCAAGGAGACAGAUUUUGAGUUUGAUGAAGAAUGCCACAAGUCUUGGACCUUGCUGAAGGAUGCUCUGGUGUCUGCGCCAAUAGUACAAGCUCCAAACUGGGAUCACCCAUUUGAGAUUAUGUGUGAUGCAUCUGACUAUGCAGUAGGAGCAGUGCUUGGCCAAAAGAUAGACAAGAAACUCAAUGUCAUCUACUAUGCAAGCAAGACUAUGGAUGAUGCUCAGUGCAAACACAUCUUCGCUAAGAAAGAUACAAAGCCAAGACUUCUCAGAUGGAUCCUUUUGCUUCAAGAGUUUGACAUAGAAGUUGUGGACAAAAAGGGAGUAGAAAAUGGAGUUGCUGAUCAUCUCUCUAGGAUGCGAGUUGAAGACAUGAUCCCCAUCAAUGAUUCUAUGCCUGAAGAACAGCUUAUGGCAAUCAUGAUCUUGAAGGAGAGUUUUGAUGAGAAAGCCAGGCUGGAAGAAGUUAAGGCUCUGCGUGAUGAGAAUUUGCCAUGGUAUGCUGAUAUAGUGAACUUCAUGGUGUCCGGAGAAGUCCCUAGUAGCUUUGAUGCUUACAAGAGGAAGAAAUUCUUCAAGGAUGCUAGGCAUUACUAUUGGGAUGAGCCCUACCUGUACAAGAGAGGACCAGACAGCAUUUACAGGAGAUGCAUUGCUGAAGAGGAUGUGCAAGGAGUUCUAGAGCAUUGCCAUGGGUCAGCUUAUGGAGGUCACUUUGCUACAUUCAAAACAGCAACUAAGAGAGGACCAGACAGCAUUUACAGGAGGUGCAUUGCUGAAGAGGAUGUGCAAGGAGUUCUAGAGCAUUGCCAUGGGUCAGUUUAUGGAGGUCACUUUGCUACAUUCAAAACAGCAACUAAGGUUUUGCAAUCGGGUUUAUGGUGGCCUACUUUGUUUAAGGAUGCAGCAGACUACAUUGCCAAGUGUGAUCCGUGCCAAAGGAAAGGAGGGAUCACCAAGACGGACGAGAUGCCACUAAACCCAAUUCUACCUGUACAAGAGAGGACCAGACAACAUUUACAGGAGAGAGGACCAGACAACAUUUACAGGAGGUGCAUUGCUGAAGAGGAUGUGCAAGGAGUUCUAGAGCAUUGCCAUGGGUCAGUUUAUGGAGGUCACUUUGCUACAUUCAAAACAGCAACUAAGGUUUUGCAAUCGGGUUUAUGGUGGCCUACUUUGUUUAAGGAUGCAGCAGACUACAUUGCCAAGUGUGAUCCGUGCCAAAGGAAAGGAGGGAUCACCAAGACGGACGAGAUGCCACUAAACCCAAUUCUAGAGGUUGAGAUUUUUGAUGUAUGGGGAAUAGACUUCAUGGGACCUUUCAAACCCUCUUCAAACGGGCACAACUACAUUUUGGUUGCUGUAGACUAUGUAUCCAAAUGGAUUGAAGCCAUUCCCUGCCCAACUUGUGACGCCAAGGUGGUUGUCAAGCUUUUCAGAACAAUCAUCUUUCCAAGGUUCGGCAUCCCGAGGGUUGUUAUUUCAGAUGGAGGCUCCCAUUUCAUCAACAAGGUGUUUGAAAAUUUGAUGAGAAGCCACGGAGUAAAACACAAGGUCGCCACGCCUUAUCACCCUCAAACCAGUGGGCAAGUUGAAGUCUCCAACAGACAGAUCAAGGCCAUAUUGGAGAAGACUGUGAGCUUCACUAGGAAAGACUGGGCAGCAAGGCUUGAUGAGGCACUUUGGGCUUACAGGACAGCCUACAAAACCCCCAUUGGAAGGUCUCCUUUCAAUUUGCUGUAUGGGAAGGACUGCCACUUACCUGUGGAGGUCGAAUAUAAGGCUUUAUGGGCAGUAAAGAUGCUGAACUUUGAUAUAAAGGCAGCACAAGAAAGGAGGGUAAUGAACUUGUUUGAGCUGGAAGAGAUAAGAAUGAAUGCCUAUGAGAACUCUAGGAUUUACAAGAUGAGAACCAAGGCAGCCCACGACAAACUGAUUCGCCUUAAGGAUUUCAAGGUUGGGGACAGUGUGCUCUUGUAUAACUCCAAGCUAAGCAUUUACAGAAGAUGCAUUGCUGAAGAGGAUGUGCAAGGAGUUCUAGAGCAUUGCCAUGGGUCAGCUUACGGAGGUCACUUUGCUACAUUCAAAACAGCAACUAAGGUUUUGCAAUCUGGUUUAUGGUGGCCUACUUUGUUUAAGGAUGCAGCAGACUACAUUGCCAAGUGUGAUCCGUGCCAAAGGAAAGGAGGGAUCACCAAGAGGGACGAGAUGCCACUAAACCCAAUUCUAGAGGUUGAGAUCUUUGAUGUAUGGGGAAUAGACUUCAUGGGACCUUUCAAACCUUCUUCAAACGGGCACAACUACAUUUUGGUUGCUGUAGACUAUGUAUCCAAAUGGAUUGAAGCCAUUCCCUGCCCAACCUGUGACGCCAAGGUGGUUGUCAAGCUUUUCAGAACCAUCAUCUUUCCAAGGUUCGGCAUCCCAAGGGUUGUUAUUUCGGAUGGAGGCUCCCAUUUCAUCAACAAGGUGUUUGAAAAGUUGAUGAGAAGCCAUGGAGUCAAACACAAGGUCGCCACACCUUAUCACCCUCAAACCAGUGGGCAAGUUGAAGUCUCCAACAGACAGAUCAAGGCCAUAUUGGAGAAGACUGUGAGCUUCACUAGGAAAGACUGGGCAGCAAGGCUUGAUGAGGCACUUUGGGCUUAUAGAACAGCCUACAAAACCCCCAUUGGAAGGUCUCCUUUCAAUUUGCUGUAUGGGAAGGACUGCCACUUACCUGUGGAGGUCGAAUAUAAGGCUUUAUGGGCAGUAAAGAUGCUGAACUUUGAUAUAAAGGCAGCACAAGAAAGGAGGGUAAUGAACUUGUUUGAGCUGGAGGAGAUAAGAAUGAAUGCCUAUGAGAACUCUAGGAUUUACAAGAUGAGAACCAAGGCAGCCCACGACAAACUGAUUCGCCUUAAGGACUUCAAGGUUGGGGACAGUGUGCUCUUGUAUAACUCCAAGCUAAGGUUGUUUCCCGGGAAGCUGAGGUCAAAUGGGCGGGACCAUUCAAGAUUCACGAAGUUCUACCCUAUGGGUCCCUCACUUUACUCAAUCAAGAGGGGAAGGAAUUCACAGUGA